AUGAGAGAAUGUCAAAUAGCAAAGAAGGAUCUGGGUGAAGAUUUCCCUCAGUUUGAUAUUUGGUUUGGUGGUCACCAGGAACAAUGUACACAAACUGGUUCAAGAAGAUCAAUGGAGUGCUCUAUCGCCAAGAAGAUGGGGCCGGUCAAAGAACAAUCUGCACUAUAAGUUUAUGAUUAGUGACGGUGAUAGUAAAGCCUAUGCUAGUAUCUGGGAUACAUAUGGUUGCUGAGCUGAUUGUGAGAAAUGGGAAAACACCGACAAGCGUUCAGCUGAGUAUAAGAAAUGGCAUGAAUCUAAGGGUUAUGUAGAAUGGAAGGAAAGUCAUGAGAGUGGGAAGGCUGAUUGUUCCAGAGUGACAAGUUGUGACACAUGUCCAGAAAAGAAUGGGAACUCAUUUGCGGGAACUGAGGAAGAAAGUAACCAAAUGGGAAAUCGGUGAAGGGGAGCAAACAUCGACUAACAGACAAAGUGAUAGAUAAGCUCCAGACAUACUAUGGCAAUGCAAUCAGAGCAAAUGUCAAACCUGGGAAGCUAACUGCACAACAGCAAAAGGAGCAAAUACCCAUCAUGCAACAGGCUAUAAUGGCAGUUCUAUGCCAUUCAUGUGAACUUACUGAUGACAAAGAGAGACACAAGUUUUGUCCAUCGGGACCAGAUAGUUGAUGCUCUCAUAAAAGAGAAGGAAAACUUGAGAGAAAGGACCGUCAUUUAGACGCAGUUUUCUUGGAGUUUCUGCUCCCUGAAUUCAAGCGUCUGAGUCAGUAUUCUCUUUUGCUUCGUUGCCUUCCCGGUUAUUCGCAGAAUGUCAACGAGAGCUUGAACAGUAGUCUUGUGUGGAACCAUGCCCCUAAACACCGAUUCAAAGGGCCUCGAGUUAUUGAAAUUGCUGCUAUGUCAGCUGUGCUGGCCUUCAAUUGUGGUGCUGCAUCAAGACAGGAUGUCAUGAAGGCUGCAAACAUCCCUGGUGGUGAGUUCACCCUGGAAGGCUGCAAGAAAAAAAUGCGACAAGGACGAGGCAUUCUGUAAAGAAGACAAAGUUGAAAAAAAAGGAAAGAAGGAGAAACCAAGCUUGCAGCAAACCAAGAGAAAGGUGAAUCCUCAUAUGCCAGUUGGAAGUUCAACGAUGUUGACCCUCUUGAUUAUGCUAUCUAUCUAUGACUAUCCACUAGCUAGACUUUUGGUGGACAAUGAUUCCGAGGACAGUGCACGAUGAUGCCCCAUUAGCACAUUUCAUCAGCAAAAGACAAUGAAAGUGACAUUUUAACAUUCUCACACUGAUAUGUGUUGGCUUUGGACAGGUGCAUUACAGUAAUACAUUAGAAAACGCUUGUACUAACUAUAUAUGGCUUUUUCUCAAAAACCGCAUUUUGGUUUCCGGCCAUUAGCUAAAUCCUAAAAACUCCAAAAGUAUUUAAGCAAUCUUGCUGAUUUUUUCUGAGAAUGUUCUUUAGGUAUUUUUGCACAAAUUAAUGGAUGCUUUUUACACUUUGAUAAAAAUUGGAUGUCCUAUACCAAAAUUGGUGUUCAUGAAUAAGAUCCUUACCUAAUAUUCAUUGCCAUGGCAACAAAAUAGAGUGUUAUGCAAAAAGCAUCCAUUAUUUUGUUGAUUGGGAUGUAAUCUAUUAUACAACUUAAACGUAUCAAGUUUUAAUGCUUAGUUUUUUACUAGAUAGAAUCAAACAUGGACGGGUUAAAAAUUAAACUUUUCGGUUUUAAAUGGUUCUUAUACACUUAAGUUCUGUCCUUGGAGGUCACUAUCUGUAAUGAUAUUUGUGUAGAUAAUGUUAUAAGCUUUAAAAUGAUAUAUGGCAUGCUGCAUAUACAUUAAAUCAUAAUCAUAAUAAGAUGCAGCUACUGUUGUACAUAGGUUCGCGAACAAAAAAAAUGAGGGUAGAUGCCCCCUUAAAAACAAAACAGUUGUUGUUCGCUGUGAUAUUCAUGUCCCUGAUGAACUAAAAGAAAAAUUUGGUGAAACGUGCCCAAUUUUCAAAAAUGUUCAUAUCCCAUGUGAAGCUAUUGGUGAACAUAUGCAAGAUUUUGUGAUAGCUAAUAGAUUGGGUAAAAAACCUAGGCGGAGUGUUUGGCAAUAACAUUAUGCUGACAACACCCCUUCUACGUUGGUAUAUAAAGCAUGGCUUAGGGGUUACAGAUGUUCAUGAAGUGGUAGAAUAUAUCCUAAAAAAUGUUAUCAGAGUUUUGUCGAUAGCGUAAGAGAUGCGCGACGUGAAGGAGAUAGGGACCCAGCCAAAAAGGUUAUCGCGGAAACGAAUAAACUGCACGGUAACUCCGGCUAUGGCACCUGCCUUACAAACACUUAGAUAUUAACCCUAUUUGUACCGGGGGUGCGCUCAAUGAGCGCACCCCUAUAUGUAUUUGUCCGUCAUUCCUGAAUUAGUGAUCGCAUUCGCCUGUGCUUUUAUGACUUUUAAUAUUUUUCCUCUGCCGUCAUGACAGAGAAAAAAAAUUCCUGAAAGUUCAAAGUUAUCGGCACGUUUGACGACAUUUGUCGAACAAGGUGUCGGGGCCUGAAAAUGGGAAAAUGGGGGUUGGUGAUUUAUGACAGUAUUUUUUGGCUUAAUCACUUCCAAUGACAUAAAUAGCAUAUUAUAAUUGGAGAACAUGUAAAAAUGGAUUAUUACACAUAAUUUGCAAAGUAAAUAUCCAUAAUAUAUUAUAUAAAGUAGUAAAAUGUAGUAUAAUAUUGUUUGCUAUAAAAUAUUUAUAAAUAUAAAAUACUUUUUUAUAAUAUUUUUAUAUUUUUGGAAAUACACAUAUUUCUUUGUACCUUCAAGGCAUAACAUCUCUUUGUCUUUGAGGAAAAUCCAAACUUUCAAGAGGCAUAUUAUAUACCACAGUGUAUGAUUAUCUUUCCCAUGACAACUGUGCCAAUUUAUUAUCAAAUUUGGUACAAAAUUAUUCAAAUAAAAUCCACAUGAUUUUCAAAGUAAAUAUUAUACACUUAAUGUCUGCUCGCGAGGGAAAUAGUUAGUUUUGUUUUCCCGAGAGACUCAAUGUUUCCCGAGACGAAGUCGAUGGAAACAUUGAGUUUCGAGGGAAAACAAAACUAACUAUUUCCCGAGGGAACAGACAUUAGUGUUUUGUUAUAUAGCGACGAAAUAAAAAAUAUAUAUAUUCAUACAACAAUUGUAUUUUGUGAUAAAAACAAUACAAAGUAAGCGAUAUUCAAAUUUAAAAACUUGCCUAAAGUAUUUCCACAGCAUUUCCUGUUGCCUGCUGUGUAUUUUUCGUCUCUUUCGAUUCUGUAGUCUUCAAAUAAACUUGACAAAACAUUUAUAAACUUGCAAGUUCAAAGCCGCCAUUUUGUUUUCGGGAGGGCAAUAAUUGUUUACUUAUUGCCCUGAAGGAAACAUUGCAUUUAAUUAGGGUCAUGUGACCACAAAUCAACCAAUCACGGAUUGGCUUUCCCCCUAGCUAUAUAACAAUUGUAAAUAUUGUGUUUUCAAAACUGUACUGCAGGCUCAUAGUCUACCCUCACUACACUUUCUGUAACACAUAGUAUCUUGGCCUAGUAUAAAAUACGUGCUCGCCAUAUGGUAUAACUUUUUCAACAAGUGUUUUAUGUUUGACUUUCCUGAAUCUUUCAUCAGUUUGUACUAAAGUAAUUAUGCCACCAAAAAGGGCUAGAAUUUCGGCUGAAUGUGCAAUUGCAAAUAUAAUGAGAGUCAUGGAUGAUGAUGACAACAGUGACAGUGAUGAUGGUGAAAUUGAUAGUGAUGUUGAAAGUGAUUUGGAUAGUUUAUAUGGAGAAACAGGUCAGUGAAAUUGUAUGUCUUUUCAUGUACUGUGGAAAACAAUAAAACAUUUGAAAUAUUAUUAUGAAAGCUGAAUAGCAUCUUGUUACCUUUCAAGCCCAAAUUUACAAAUGUUUAUUUGCAGGCAAUGAAGAAAAUAUGGAAAGACAAGGAGAUGAUGAGAAUGAAGGAUGCCAGGAUGAAACAGAGGAUCAAAUGGAUGAACUCUCUGAAUCUGACGAGGACAUACGAGCAGGUCGAUUGAAGCGCAGACAACUCACAAAGAAUCGCAUUGUGAAUAGUAUCGAUAAAGCUCUGGAUAUAAAUAAUUACAAUCCAUACCAAAUUCCCAAAGACCUGAAGGAUAUUGAAAGCGUAGUGAAAGUAGACAAACACCGGGAGAAUGAUGUUGUCCGUGUUUUCCAAAAUAAACCACCAACAGCAAACAUUGGUCGUAACAAUCGUGCAAAUGUCAUAACUGGAAGACAAGGCCCUCAACCAAAGGCAAGAGUUACUCCAACACCCCGAGCUGCAUUCGAGCUGUUUUUUACAGAAGAUAUCAUGGCAACAAUUGUUUCCUGCACCAGCAGAAAGAUUCGGAGCUUCAUUUCGACACUCCCAGAUAAUUUUGUUUCCCAAAACAGUAAAUACGCGUACGUAAAGGAAACCUGUGUUGAUGAGUUAUAUGCCAUUAUUGGUUUGUAUAUCUAUCGAGGACUGUACAAACUAAACACUGUCUCUGUAGAUAAGUUAUUCUCGAAUACGUAUGGUCCACCAAUAUUCAGCGCAACUAUGUCAAGAAAUCGUUUCACAUUUAUCCGAGCAAAUCUGUGUUUUGAUGACUCAAGUACAAGGGACGAUAGAUGGAAACAAAACCGUUUUGCCGCUAUAAGAGAGAUCUUUGAAUCUUUCAACUUUGAAUGUAUGUCAUGCCUUGUACCAAAUGAUUAUCUCUCUUUGGACGAGACACUUUAUCCCAUGAGGAACCAAAUUUCCUUCAAGCAGUAUAACCCAAAUAAGCCAGCUAAGUAUGGUUUAUUGUUCAAAGCAAUCAAUGCUGCAAGGUACCCUUAUACUUUAAUUGCUUCUCCAUACUGUGGUAAGCCAACUGACGACGGUGAAAGUACUACGUACAGGGUACAGAAGCAACGUACAGGGUACAGAAGCAAUUGUAAAACAAAUGAUUGA